CCAACUUUGAAUCGUUAAAUUAGAACACAAGGCCAGAAGAUCAGCAUCUUUGUUUACUUGAUUGAGGACUUGUAACAUAUGGUGAUACCGGUACUGUACUGAGACAGAGAAGCUUACAACAUGGCUGCCAAUAUUCUGGACAUGUUGGCAGAGAGACAGGUCUUAGGUGAUGAGUUUUCCACGAGACGGUUGUUUAACCACACCCAUGGCCACGCCUCCUUAGUAGAGCGGCUAGGACUCGCUGCUCAAUUGAAGGGUCACAGAGGCUGUGUCAACUGCCUACAGUGGAGCACUGACGGAAGUUACCUCUUGUCAGGAUCUGAUGACAUGUCCGCCAUUCUCUGGGACCCUUUCAAGAGGAGAGAGGUUGUUACCAUGCCAACCGGGCAUACCGGCAACAUUUUCUCUGUUAAAUUUGUGCCGUUCACUGGUGACUCUCAGAUUCUAACUGGAGCAGAGGAUAGGGACGUAAAAUUACACGAUCUCCACGCCAUGGAAACCAGACGAGUGUGGUCUUGUAGCAGCAGUCGUGUGAAGAGGCUGGCAGUUCACUCUCACUCACCCCACUUGGUCUGGAGUGCAGCGGAGGACGGAUGCAUCAGACAACUUGACCUCCGAGAGCCUCACACUUGCACAGGGGAUGGUUCGUGCCGCAACGUGCUAAUAGACCUCAACCAAACAUGUGGUGGUGGUGGCCCAGCCUCCGGGCCGCAGCUCAAAUGCCUCGACAUCAACCCAGUACGACCUGAGCAAAUAGCUGUGGGUGCAUUGGACCCGUUUGUCCGCGUAUACGACACUCGAAUACUAAGCCUGCAACGAAUGGCACAGAGCGCCUCCUCAACCCACGGAGACCCAGCCUGUCUGGCACAUUUCGCCCCAGGGCAUAUCUCAAACCCAGCAAUUAGAAAAAAGCGGGAACUAAGCGGACUUGCGUCGACGUAUGUAGAGUACAGUCAAGACGGUCGAGAGCUACUUGUGAAUUUAUCUGGAGAACAUGUGUAUCUUUUUGAUACAACGCUCUUUACCGAAUCUUUGAAAUACGAUUUCGAUAAAGCAGACUCUGAUUCUGUACCAAUCGUGCGACCACAUCACUAUGCUACCACCGUCCCAUCUAUGAGCUGUCAUGUGACUACAAGUGCAGGUCAUGUGACCUCUCGUCAACAAGAUGGUGAUAUUGAUGUCAGUAUUGAAUUGCAGCUACUCAAAGAUAAAGCGCUGGAUUUGACCAAAGCUAAGCAUUACACACAGGCUAUAGACACUCUCUCCCACGCUAUAUCGCUGUGUCCCUCCUGGUAUGAGCUCUACUACCUGAGGGCAACUGCAUUCUACACCAGGAAAUGGGAUGGUGACUACUAUGCUGCACUGAGAGAUGCUGAAUCAGCACUAUCCUUAUGCCCCUCCUCUAAGAAAGUCCACCAACGGCGACUACGAUGUCUACUGCACCUUGGUCCUAGGGACGUGGCUCAGAGGCUUCUGAUUGGCUACAAGGACGCGUUUCCUAGUGACAGAGAAUUUGUAACGAGAUUUCAGACGGAACUGGACAAGCACUCGUCAGAUGCUACUAAGAAUGGUGUCUCCGUGGAGAGGCAGCAGCUGUCCCAGUGGGAGGUACAUAGACAGAGCAUGGCGUACGACUACAAGCAACGCUACUGUGGCCAUUGUAACACACACACUGAUAUCAAGGAGGCUAGCUUUAUCGGAGACAGGGGAGAUUUUGUUACAGCUGGCAGUGAUGAUGGUAACAUCUUUAUCUGGGAUAAGUGUAGUGGGCGGUUGGUGCGAGUGCUGCGGGGUGAUGACUCCAUAGUGAACUGUGUUCAAUGGCACCCGAGGGCACCUCUGUUGGCCUCCAGUGGUAUAGAGUCAGUGGUGAGAGUGUGGGAGCCACGCCCCCACGGAGACAAGCACCCUAGAUUAGUGACUGAAUUUGACAAGGUGUGUAAGGAAAAUCAGACACGAAUGUCACAUGACCCGUUUGAAUUGAUGGUAAUGAGACUGGGGGUCAACAUGGCCGCCUCUCGUCAGGCUCCACCCAUUGACCAUACCCACCAGGCCGAUAGUGACGGCAACGAGGAGGAGGAAGAUGGGAGUGGUGUGAGGUGGAUAGAGGACCCAAGGAGAUGCAGGCAAAGCUGACAAACUAAAACAUUUAAUCUGUGAUUAUGAUUUGUACAUUGAUUUUAUUUACUGUUGCGUUCAACUGAUUUUGUCGUCAUUUCAAUACCAAUCCACUUUAAUUUAUUAUGAUUAAUUAAGCCA